AUGGACCAGUUUUGGUCUGCUCCUCCUGUCACUAGGACCCUAACUGCACUUACUUUUGCCCAGUCCAUUUUAGUCUAUGGUGGCCUACACAAUGCUUAUUAUGUUCCGUUUUUGACAAGUCUUGUCUUCAAGUUCCCGCCGGAAGUAUGGCGGCUAGGGUCAUCGUUUCUACUGACGGGUCCCCAACUUGACUUCUUAUUUGAUCUUUACUUCAUGUUUACCUAUGGCAGUGCCUUGGAGACAAACUCGCCGCGGCUCAACGGCCCUGGUGAUUUCUUCACCUAUGUGUUCUUCGUAGCUACUGUCAUUUUGCUCACCGCAGGCUGCUACUUGGAAGGUGGAAUCUUUACCUCCGCAUUGAUCCUGGCGUUUGUUUACACUUAUGCCCAUCAUAACAAGGGAAUGAAAACCACUUUCUAUUUCUUUCAGAUACGUGUGGAAUUUCUCCCUUGGGCCAUGCUUGUGAUUACGAUGGUCCGUUUUGGUUGGCGUGCUGCGCUAUUAGAAAGUAUGGGAAUUGUCGCUGCCCACAUGUACGAAUUCCUUACACGUAUCUACCCGGCAUUUGGCGGCGGCAAGAACUAUAUUACGACCCCAGACUUCAUCAGAAGGUUUUUCAUCCAAACAUCGCGUGAAACGUAUCGAUCCUAUGGAACAACCUACCGAUCAACAGGACAAAUCCCGGCAUCCCAGGCGUCUGAAGAGUCGAGAGGUUGGUCCUCUCAAAACUCGUGGAGUAGAAGGGGAACAGGAAGGAGAUUGGGCGGU